GUGGAAGAGAACAAUCGAUUGAGGUCCGAGCUCGAGAGAACAAUUUUGGAACUUGAAAAAUACGUGGAUGUGGAUUAUGCUGGAUCUGAUGUAGAAUGUGUAGAGAAACCACUAGAUUUGAAAGUUAUGGAAAGUAAUACCUUUGACAGUGGAAGGUUGUUAUUCACUUUGGAAAAGAUAGAGAAGAAUUCAAAAUCACAUGAGGCAAAGGGUCGAAGUCCUCAUUUGGUUGAUCACUUGGAUGAUUGUGUUCGUGGAUCUCAAUUGGCGGAGCAAUCUGUUUCUGCUUUGGUGAAUGAAACAGAUGUGAUUAGAAGAACAGACAACACUUCUGCUCAUGAUCCAUCUAAUACAAUAGUUCUCCAAAAGGAAAUGCAAAAUGCUGAGGACCCUACUAUGCAAACUCGUGCAGAAAGGCGGUCUGAGAGCAGCAAGAUCAAUGGAACGCUGAAAGUGGUUCCUGGUGGUCAGGCAGCAUUAGAUAACGUGGGCUUCUCUCAGUUUUCUCCACCAUCUACAACAUCCUUUUCUCCUAGCAGGUAUCAAAUGGAAGGAGAAUAUGAUCCACAGUUUAAUAUAUCAGGACAUGGUGGGAUGUCAGUGGCUGAAGUAAAUAAUCCUAGCAGCCUUUUGAAACAGAUACAGGAACACGAGGACGAGAUAUCACAUUUGCGGAAACAUAUUGCUGAGUAUUCGAUCAAGGAGGCACAAGUACGCAAUGAGAAAUAUAUUUUGGAGAAGCGUAUUGCUUAUAUGCGUUUGGCCUUUGAUCAGCAGCAACAAGAUCUCGUUGAUGCUGCAUCUAAAGCCCUAUCUUACAGACAAGACAUAAUUGAGGAAAAUAUACGUCUUACAUAUCAAUUACAGGCUGCACACCAAGAAAGAUCAACAUUUGUAUCCUCUUUAAUGCCUCUUCUUGCAGAAUAUUCCCUUCAGCCACCUGUUGCUGAUGCCCAAUCCAUUGUUAGCAAUCUCAAGUGGAGCUUUGAGCUGAAGUGA